AUGAGCUUCCCAAACCCUACCGCCGUAUAUCAUAACACUCCCGCUCCUGUGAUCGAUCCUACACAAAAACACCUUUCGGUAGCAGGCAAAACUGUUCUCGUCACAGGAGGUGGAACGGCAAUUGGUUCUGCGACUGUUGAAGCCUUUGCAAAAGCCAAGGCAGACCACGUCUUUUUCGUUGGAAGACGACUCAACCUUCUUCUCGAGGUUGAACAAAGGACCAAAUUCCACGCCAUCCAAACUGACAUCUCCAAAGAAAAUGAAGUCAAGGCUCUCAUCCAAACGAUCAACAAAGUCAGCUUUCUCGACAUUUUGGUGGCCAAUGCUGCGUACUUGCCUACGCCUGAGGCAAUUGCCACGAGUGACACAAGCGACUGGUGGAAGGGUUACGAAAUUAAUGUCCUGGGUACCUAUCUUCUCGGCAAAUAUUUCGUCAACCAGUCUCAGCCAGUUAGAGGGAAGCCUGUUUUUGUCGGCGUGAACACUGGCGCAAUCAACGUCCCUCCAAAGGUUUCUAGUCCAAUGAGCGGCUACGUAUCCUCCAAGAUGGCUACUGCUUCGGUGGUAGAGUUUCUCCAGGUUGAGAAUCCCAACAUCAAGGCGUUUAACGUCAGUCCCGGCACGGUUCAGAGCGAGAUGAGCGUCAAGGCCAAUGCGCCGCAAUACCCGCCAACGGAUUCACCGGAGUUGAUGGCCAACUUUGCGGUCUGGCUUGCAAGUCCCGAAUCAGACUUCCUUGCCGGUCGUUUCCUAUGGGCCAACUGGGACGUGGAAGGAUUGAUUGCCGCCAAGGAGAAAAUCGCGGCGAAUCCGGGACAGCUGCAGCUGGCCUUGGAGGGUUGGUGGAGCAACUUUGCCGCUCUCAAGUAA